AUGGGGAGACGACAUGUUCUGUGGAUGUUUAUCUGGCUUCCCUAUUUCUCCCUCCCAGUAAAGACGAUGACACCGCCAACACAUUCUAUGGGUGGCAUGAUGUCCCCAACUCAUGGCACGACAUCAACCACGGAUACCACAACGUCUGCCAGAGUGACACCCACACAUUCCAUGGGUGGCAUGAUGUCUCCCACACAAGAUACCACCGCUUCUGCUACUGUAACACCCACACAUUCCAUGGGUGAUCUGAUGUCUCCCACACAAGCUACGUCUUCACCUACAAAUGCCAUAACCUCAACCACUGUAGCACCCACACAUUCCAUGGGUGGUAUGAUGUCUCCCACACAAGCUACGUCUUCACCAAAAGUUACGACCGUUUCUGCUACUGUAGCACCGACACAUUCCAUGGGUGGUAUGAUGUCUCCCACACAAGCUACGUCUUCACCUACAAAUGCCAUAACCUCAACCACUGUAGCACCCACACAAUCCAUGGGUGGUAUGAUGUUUCCUACACAAGCUACGUCUUCACCCAAAAUUACGACACCUUCUGCUACUGUAGCACCGACACAUUCCAUGGGUGGUAUGAUGUCUCCCACACAAGCUACAUCUUCACCCAAAGAUACGACAGUUUCUGCUACUGUAGCACCCACACAUUCCAUGGGUGGCAUGAUGUCUCCUACACAAGCUACAUCUUCACCAAAAGAUACGACAGCUUCUGCUACUGUAGCACCCACACAUUCCAUGGGUGGCAUGAUGUCUCCUACACAAGCUACGUCUUUACCCAAAGAUACGGCAGUUUCUGCUACUGUAGCACCGACACAUUCCAUGGGUGGUAUGAUGUCUCCCACACAAGCUACGUCUUCACCCAAAGAUACGACAGCUUCUGCUACUGUGGCACAAACACAUUCCAUGGGUGGUAUGAUGUCUCCCACACAAGCUACGUCUUCAUCCAAAGAUACGACAGCUUCUCCUACUGUAGCACCCACACAUUCCAUGGGUGGCAUGAUGUCUCCUACACAAGCUACAUCUUCACCCAAAGAUACUACAGCUUCUCCUACUAUAGCACCAACACAUUCCAUGGGUGGUAUGAUGUCUCCCACACAAGCUACGUCUUCACCAAAAGAUGCGACAGGUUCUGCCAUUGUAGCAACCACACAUUCCAUGGGUGGCAUGAUGUCUCCCACACAAGCUUCAUCUUCACCCACAGUUACCACAGCUUCUGCUACUGUAGCACAAACACAUUCCAUGGGUGGCAUGAUGUCUCCUACACAAGCAACGUCUUCAUCCAAAGAUACGACAUCUUCUCCAACUGUAACACCCACACAUUCCAUGGGUGGUAUGAUGUUUCCUACACAAGUUACGUCUUCACCCAAUGAUACUACAGCUUCUCCUACUAUAGCACCAACACAUUCCAUGGGUGGUAUGAUGUCUCCCACACAAGCUACGUCUUCACACAAAGAUACGACAGCUUCUCCUACUGUGGCACCCACACAUUCCAUGGGUGGUAUGAUGUCUCGCACACAAGCUACGUCUUCGCCCAAAGUUACAACAGCUUCUGCUACUGUAGCACCGACACAUUCCAUGGGUGGCAUGAUCUCUCCUACACAAGCUACGUCUUCACCCAAAGAUACGACAGUUUCUGCUACUGUAGCACCGACACAUUUCAUGGGUGGUAUGAUGUCUCCUACACAAGCUACGUCUUCACCCAAAGAUACGACAGCUUCUCCUACUGUAGCACCAACACAUUCCAUGGGUGGUAUGAUGUCUCCUACACAAGCUACAUCUUCACUCAAAGAUACGACAGCUUCUGCAACUGUAGCACAAACACAUUCCAUCGGUGGCAUGAUGUCUCCCACACAAGCUACGUCUUCACACAAAGAUACGACAGCUUCUCCUACUGUAACACCCACACAUUCCAUGGGUGGCAUGAUGUCUCCUACACAAGUUACGUCUUCACCCAAAGAUACGACAGCUUCUCCUACUGUAGCACCCACACAUUCCAUGGGUGGCAUGAUGUCUCCUACACAAGUUACGUCUUCACCCAAAGAUACGACAGCUUCUGCUACUGUGGCACAAACACAUUCCAUGGAUGGUAUGAUGUCUCCUACACAAGUUACGUCUUCACCCAAAGAUACGACAGCUUCUCCUACUGUAGCACCGACACAUUCCAUGGGUGGCAUGAUGUCUCCUACACAAGUUACGUCUUCACCCAAAGAUACGACUGCUUCUCCUACUGUAGCACCAACACAUUCCAUGGGUGGUAUGAUGUCUCCUACACAAGUUACGUCUUCACCCAAAGAUACUACAGCUUCUCCUACUAUAGCACCCACACAUUCCAUGGGAGGUAUGAUGUCUCCCACACAAGCUACGUCUUCACCCAAAGAUACGACAGUUUCUGCUACUGUAGCACCGACACAUUCCAUGGGUGGUAUGAUGUCUCCCACACAAGCUACGUCUUCACACAAAGAUACGACAGCUUCUGCUACUGUAGCACCAACACAUUCCAUGGGUGGUAUGAUGUUUCCCACACAAGCUACAUCUUCCUCCAAAGAUACGACAGCUUCUGCUACUAUAGCACAAACACUUUCCAUGGGUGACAUGAUGUCUCCUACACAAGCAACGUCUUCAUCCAAAGAUACGACAGCUUCUCCUACUGUACCACCCACACAUUCCAUGGGUGGCAUGAUGUCUCCUACACAAGCUACAUCUUCACCCAAAGAUACGACAGCUUCUGCUACUGUAGCACCCACACAUUCCAUGGUUGGUAUGAUGUCUCCUACACAAGCUACGUCUUCACCCAAAGAUACGACAACUUCUGCUACUGUAGCACCCACAUAUUCCAUGGGUGGCAUGAUGUCUCCUACACAAGCUACGUCUUCACCCAAAGAUACGACAGCUUCUCCUACUGUAGCACCAACACAUUCCAUGGGUGGCAUGAUGUCUCCUACACAAGCUACAUCUUCACCCAAAGAUACGACAGCCUCUGCAACUGUAGCACAAACACAUUCCAUGGGUGGCAUGAUGUCUCCUACACAAGCAACGUCUUCAUCCAAAGAUACGACAUCUUCUGCUACUGUACCACCCACACAUUCCAUGGGUGGUAUGAUGUCUCCCACACAAGCUUCAUCUUCACCCACAGUUACCACAGCUUCUGCUACUGUAGCACAAACACAUUCCAUGGGUGGCAUGAUGUCUCCUACACAAGCAACGUCUUCAUCCAAAGAUACGACAUCUUCUCCAACUGUAACACCCACAGAUUCCAUGGGUGGUAUGAUGUCUCCUACACAAGCUACGUCUUCACCCAAAGAUACGACAGCUUCUGCAACUGUAACACAAACACAUUCCAUGGGUGGUAUGAUGUCUCCUACACAAGCUACGUCUUCACCCAAAGAUACGACAGCUUCUCCUACUGUAGCACCAACACAUUCCAUGGGUGGUAUGAUGUCUCCUACACAAGUUACGUCUUCACCCAAAGAUACUACAUCUUCUCCUACUAGAGCACCAACACAUUCCAUGGGUGGUAUGAUGUCUCCCACACAAGCUACGUCUUCACCAAAAGAUGCGACAGGUUCUGCCAUUGUAGCAACCACACAUUCCAUGGGUGGCAUGAUGUCUCGCAAACAAGCUACGUCUUCGCCCAAAGUUACAACAGCUUCUGCUACUGUAGCACCGACACAUUCCAUGGGUGGCAUGAUCUCUCCUACACAAGCUACGUCUUCACCCAAAGAUACGACAGUUUCUGCUACUGUAGCACCGACACAUUUCAUGGGUGGUAUGAUGUCUCCUACACAAGCUACAUCUUCACUCAAAGAUACGACAGCUUCUGCAACUGUAGCACAAACACAUUCCAUGGGUGGUAUGAUGUUUCCUACACAAGUUACGUCUUCACCCAAAGAUACUACAGCUUCUCCUACUAUAGCACCAACACAUUCCAUGGGUGGUAUGAUGUCUCCCACACAAGCUACGUCUUCACCAAAAGAUGCGACAGGUUCUGCCAUUGUAGCAACCACACAUUCCAUGGGUGGCAUGAUGUCUCGCAAACAAGCUACGUCUUCGCCCAAAGAUACGACAGUUUCUGCUACUGUAGCACCGACACAUUUCAUGGGUGGUAUGAUGUCUCCUACACAAGCUACAUCUUCACUCAAAGAUACGACAGCUUCUCCUACUGUAGCACCAACACAUUCCAUGGGUGGUAUGAUGUCUCCCACACAAGCUACGUCUUCACCCAAAGAUACGACAGCUUCUGAUACUGUGGCACAAACACAUUCCAUGGGUGGAAUGAUGUCUCCUACACAAGCAACGUCUUCACCCAAAGAUACGACAGUUUCUCCUACUGUAACACCAACACAUUCCAUGGGUGGUAUGAUGUCUCCUACACAAGCUACGUCUUCACUCAAAGAUACGACAGCUUCUGCUACUGUAGCACAAACACAUUCCAUGGGUGGUAUGAUGUCUCCCACACAAGCUACGUCUUCACCCAAAGAUACGACAGCUUCUGAUACUGUGGCACAAACACAUUCCAUGGGUGGAAUGAUGUCUCCUACACAAGCAACGUCUUCACCCAAAGAUACGACAGCUUCUCCUACUGUAACACCAACACAUUCCAUGGGUGGUAUGAUGUCUCCUACACAAGCUACAUCUUCACCGAAAGAUACGACAGCUUCUGCUACUGUAGCACAAACACAUUCCAUGGGUGGUAUGAUGUCUCCCACACAAGCUACGUCUUCACCCAAAGAUACGACAGCUUCUGCUACUGUAGCACCGACACAUUCCAUGGGUGGUAUGAUGUCUCCUACACAAGCUACGUCUUCACUCAAAGAUACGACAGUUUCUGCUACUGUAGCACCGACACAUUCCAUGGGUGGUAUGAUGUCUCCCACACAAGCUACGUCUUCACCCAAAGAUACGACAGCUUCUGAUACUGUGGCACAAACACAUUCCAUGGGUGGAAUGAUGUCUCCUACACAAGCAACGUCUUCACCCAAAGAUACGAUAGCUUCUCCUACUGUAACACCAACACAUUCCAUGGGUGGUAUGAUGUCUCCUACACAAGCUACAUCUUCACCCAAAGAUACGACAGCUUCUGCUACUGUAGCACAAACACAUUCCAUGGGUGGUAUGAUGUCUCCCACACAAGCUACGUCUUCACCCAAAGAUACGACAGUUUCUGCUACUGUAGCACCCACACAUUCCAUGGAUGGCAUGAUGUCUCCUACACAAGCUACAUCUUCACCAAAAGAUACGACAGUUUCUGCUACUGUUGCAACCACACAUUCCAUGGGUGGCAUGAUGUCUCCCACACAAGGUACGUCUUCACCCAAAGAUACGACAGUUUCUGCUACUGUAUCACCGACACAUUCCAUGGGUGGUAUGAUGUCUCCCACACAAGCUACGUCUUUACCCAAAGAUACGACAGUUUCUGCUACUGUAGCACCGACAAAUUCCAUGGGUGGUAUGAUGUCUCCCACACAAGCUACGUCUUCACCCAAAGAUACGACAGCUUCUGCUACUGUGGCACAAACACAUUCCAUGGGUGGUAUGAUGUCUCCCACACAAGCUACGUCUUCACCCAAAGAUACGACAGUUUCUGCUACUGUAACACCCACACAUUCCAUGGGUGGUAUGAUGUCUCCUACAAAAGUUACGUCUUCACCCAAAGAUACGACAGCUUCUCCUACUGUAGCACCAACACAUUCCAUGGGUGGUAUGAUGUCUCCUACACAAGUUACGUCUUCACCCAAAGAUACUACAGCUUCUCCUACUAUAGCACCAACACAUUCCAUGGGUGGUAUGAUGUCUCCUACACAAGCUACGUCUUCACCCAAAGUUACGACAGCUUCUGCUACUGUAGCACCGACACAUUCCAUGGGUGGUAUGAUGUCUCCCACACAAGCUACGCCUUCACCCAAAGAUACGACAGUUUCUGCUACUGUAGCACCGACACAUUCCAUGGGUGGUAUGAUGUCUCCCACACAAGCUACGUCUUCACACAAAGAUACGACAGCUUCUCCUACUGUAGCAUCCACACAUUCCAUGGGUGGUAUGAUGUUUCCUACACAAGCUACAUCUUCAUCCAAAGAUACGACAGCUUCUGCUACUGUAGCACAAACACAUUCCAUGGGUGACAUGAUGUCUCCUACACAAGCAACGUCUUCACCCAAAGAUACGACAGCUUCUCCUAGUGUACCAUCCACACAUUCCAUGGGUGGCAUGAUGUCUCCUACACAAGCUACAUCUUCACCCAAAGAUACGACAGCUUCUGCAACUGUAGCACAAACACAUUCCAUGGGUGGUAUGAUGUCUCCUACACAAGCUACGUCUUCACCCAAAGAUUCGACAGUUUCUGCUACUGUAGCACCGACACAUUCCAUUGGUGCUAUGAUGUCUCCCACACAAGCUACGUUUUCACCCAAAGAUACGACAGCUUCUCCUACUGUUACACCCACACAUUCCAUGGGUGGUAUGAUGUCUCCUACACAAGCUACAUCUUUACCCAAAGAUACGACAGCUUCUGCUACUGUAGCACCGACACAUUCCAUGGGUGGCAUGAUGUCUCCUACACAAGCUACAUCUUUACCCAAAGAUACGACAGCUUCUGCUACUGUAGCACCCAUACAUUCCAUGGGUGACAUGAUGUCUCCUACACAAGCUAUGUCUUCACCUACGGAUACCAUAACCUCAGCCACUGUAGCACGGACACAUUCCAUGGGUGGUAUGAUGGUUCCCACACAAGCUAAGUCUUCACCCAAACAUACGACAGCUUCUACCACUGUAGUUCCCACUGAAUCUUUUUCUUUUCGGACCUCAGUCGAUUUGGCUACCAUUGAUGCUUCGUUUGCCACUGUAACUUCGACUACUAAUAUAGCUUCAAAAGAAGCUAUAUCUAUCACUGAAUCGACGUCUUCUACUGAAGCUUCGUCUACCAAUAAAGAUACGUCAACCACCGAAGCUACGUCUACCACUGAAGCUAUUUCAACUACUGAAACUGUCUCUGCCUCUCAACCUUCGUCUACCACUGAAGCUUCUUCUACGACUGAAGUGACAUCUACAACUAAAAGUUCGUCUACCACUGAUCUUACUGCAACCACUGAAGCUACAUCUGCCACUGAAGCUUCUUUUUCUACCUCAGACGAAACGACUACCACUGAUGCUUCUUCUACCGCUGAAAAUAUAUCUACCACUGAAACUUCUUUUUCUACCUCAGACGAUACGGCUACCACUGAUGCUUCUUCUACCACUGAAGUCACGUCUACCACUGAACCUUCGUCUACCACUGUAGCUUUAUCUACCACUGAAACUUCGACUUCUACUGAACUUACGUCUAGCGCUGAAAAUUCAUCAACUCAUGCAACGACAUCAACUGCAGAAAACACAACAUCUUCCACAAGAUUACCCACGCAUUUCAUGGGUGGCAUGUCUCCAACUCGUGCCACGUUAUCAACCAUAGAUACCACAAAGUCUGGCACAGUGGCAGCCACACAUUCCAUGGGUGGAAUGAUGUCUCCAACGCAUGCAACGACAUUAUCCACAGAAACAACAACAACUGCCACGGUGACACCAACACAUUCUGUUGGUGGCAUGAUGUCUCUUACUCAAUCUUCGUCAAGCACUGAAGCUAGGAAUAACACAGAAUCUGCAACUUCAAAAGAAGCUACAUCUACUUCUGAAGUCACGUCAACCACUGAAGCUACGUCUACCACUGAAGCUAUUUCAACUACUAAAACUGUGUCUGCCGCUCAACUUUCGUCUACUACUGAAGCUUCUUCUACAACUAAAAUUUCAUCUACUACUAAUGCAACAGCUACCACUGAAGCUACGUCUACCACUGAAGCUUCUUAUUUUUCUUCCCCAACGACUACCACUGAUGCUUCUUUUACCACUGAAGCUACGUCUGCCACCGAAACUUCGACUACUACUGAACUUACGUCUACCGCUGAAGAUUCAUCAACUCAUGCAACGACACCAACUGCAGAAAACACAACCUCUUCAACAGUGUCACCCAUGCAUUUCAUGGGUGGCAUGUCUCCAACGCAUGCCAUAACAUCAACCACUGAAGCUUUAUCUACCAAAGAGGCUACGUCAAGCACUGAAGCUACGUCUAUCAGUGAAACUACGUCUGCCACUGAAACUUUUCCUUCUUCCACUAAAGCUUCUUCUUUUACCACUGAAGCUUCGUCUACCACUGCAGCUAUUUCUACCACUGAAACUGUGUCUGCCGCUCAACCUUCGUCUACCACUAAAGCUUCUUCUUCUACCACUGAAACGAUACGGCUUUCCACUGAUGCUUCUACCACUGAAGUCACGUCUACCACUGAACCUUCGUCUACCACUGUAGCUAUGUUUACCACUGAAACUUCGACUUCUACUGAACUUACGUCUACCGCUGAAAAUUCAUCAACUCAUGUAACGACAUCAACUGCAGAAAACACAACAUCUUCCACAAGAUCACCCACGCAUUUCAUGGGUGGCAUGUCUCCAACUCGUGCCACGUUAUCAACCAUAGAUACCACAAAGUCUGGCACAGUGGCAGCCACACAUUCCAUGGGUGGAAUGAUGUCUCCAACGCAUGCCACGAUAUCAUCGACAGAAACAACAACAACUGCCACGGUGACACCAACACAUUCUGUUGGUGGCAUGAUGUCUCUAACUCAAUCUUCGUCAAGCACUGAAGCUAGGAAUAACACAGAAUCUGCAACUUUAAAAGAAGCUACAUCUACUUCUGAAGUCACGUCAACCACUGAAGCUACGUCUACCACUGAAGCUAUUUCAACUACUGAAACUGUGUCUGCCGCUCAACUUUCGUCUACUACUGAAGCUUCUUCUACAACUAAAAUUUCAUCUACUACUAAUGCAACAGCAACCACUGAAGCUACGUCUACCACUGAAGCUUCUUAUUUUUCUUCCCCAACGACUACCACUGAUGCUUCUUUUACCACUGAAGCUAGGUCUGCCACCGAAACUUCGACUACUACUGAACUUACGUCUACCGCUGAAGAUUCAUCAACUCAUGCAACGACACCAACUGCAGAAAACACAACCUCUUUAACAGUGUCACCCAUGCAUUUCAUGGGUGGCAUGUCUCCGACGCAUGCCAUGACAUCAACCACUGAAGCUUUAUCUACCAAAGAGGCUACGUCAAGCACUGAAGCUACGUCUAUCAGUGAAACUACGUCUGCCACUGAAACUUUUCCUUCUUCCACUGAAGCUUCUUCUUUUACCACUGAAGCUUCGUCUACCACUGCAGCUUCUUCUUCUACCACUGAAGUGUCGUCUACAACUAAAAUUUCGCCUACCAAUGACGCUACAGCAACCACUGAAGUUAUGUAUACCACUGAAACUUCUUCUUUUUCUAUCUCAGACGAUACGGCUUCCACUGAUGCUUCUACCACUGAAGUCACGUCUACCACUGAACCUUCGUCUACCACUGUAGCUAUGUCUACCACUGAAACUGUGUCUGCCGCUCAACCUUCGUCUACCACUAAAGCUUCUUCUUCUACUACUGAAGUGUCAUCUACAACUAAAAUUUCGCCUACCAAUGACGCUACAGCAACCACUGAAGUUAUGUAUACCACUGAAACUUCUUCUUUUUCUAUCUCAGACGAUACGGCUUCCACUGAUGCUUCUACCACUGAAGUCACGUCUACCACUGAACCUUCGUCUACCACUGUAGCUAUGUUUACCACUGAAACUUCGACUUCUACUGAACUUACGUCUACCGCUGAAAAUUCAUCAACACAUGCAACGACAUCAACUGCAGAAAACACAACCUCUUCCACAAGAUUACCCACGCAUUUCAUGGGUGGCAUGUCUCCAACUCGUGCCACGUUAUCAACCAUAGAUACCACAAAGUCUGGCACGGUAGCAGCCACACAUUCCAUGGGUGGCAUGAUGUCUCCAACGCAUGCCACGACAUCAUCCACAGAAACCACAACAACUGCCAUGGUGACACCAACACAUUCUGUUGGGCUAGGAAUAACACAGAACCUGCAUUUUCGAAAAGAUGCUACGUCUACCACUGAAACUGUGUCUACCACAGAAGCUAUUUCAACAACUGAAACUGUGUCUGCCACUGAAGCGUUUUCUUCUUCCCCUGAAGCAUCUUCUACCACUGAAGCUUCUUCUACCAAUGAGGACACCUUAAUCACUGAAGCUACGUCUACCACUGAAGCUAUUUCAACCACUGAAACUGUAUCUGCCGCUCAACCUUCGCCUACUACAGAAGCUUCUCCUACAACUACGUCUUCAACUAAAAUUUCAUCUACCACUAAUGCUACAGCAACCACUGAAGCUACGUCUUCAACUGAAGCUGCUUCCUUUUCUACCUCAGACGAUACGACUACCACUGAUGCUUCUUCUACAACUGAAGCUAUGUCUGCCACUGAAAAUUCUACUACUACUGAACUUACGUCUUCCGCUGAAGAUUCAUCAACGCAUGCAACGAUAUCAACUGCAGAAAACACAACCUCCUCAACAGUGUCACCCACGCAUUUCAUUGGUGGCAUGUCUCCAACGCAUGCCACGACAUCAACCACUGAAGCUUUAUCUUCCAAAGAGGCUACGUCAACCACUGAAGCUACGUCUAUCAGUGAAACUACGUCAACCACUGAAUCCGGGUCUACCACUGAAGCUACGUCUUCCACUGAAACUUCGUCUGCCGUUAAAGCUACGCCAAGCACACAUAUAUCUGUAGGUUCUUUGAUUACUGCGGAAGUUUCACAUUCUAUGGGUGGCAUGUCUCCAACUUAUGCCCAAACCGAUGCAACAUCGACCACAAAUGAUGUCUCUUUAUCAACAACUGUUGUCCCUACAUCAACGACUGGCGAAUCUACAUCUAUGAAUGAUAUCUUUACAACUAUAACUGAUUUUUCUACCUCUACGUCUAUCUCUAUCUCUAAAUCCACGCCUGAUUUCACUUCAUCCUCGAAUGAUGUCUCAACAUCCCCGAUAGCUGUCUCUACAUCUCCUUCUGACGUGUCUACAUCUACGAUGACCGAUGGCUCUACAUCUACUGCUGAUGAUUAUACAUCGACGACUGAUGUAUCUACACCCAAUACUGAUGUCACUACAUCCACGACUGAUGUGUCUAUAUCUACGACUGAUGUAACUACAUCUACGACUGAUAUGUCUACAUCUACGACUGAUGUGUCUACAUUUACGACUGAUAUGUCUACAUCUACGACUGAUGUGUCUACAUCUACGACUGAUGUGUCUACAUCUACGACUGAUGUAUCUACAUCUAACACAGAUGUCUCGACAUCUACGACUGAUGUAUCUACAUCUACGACUGAUGUGUCUACAUCUACGACUGAUGUGUCUACAUCUACGACUGAUGUGUCUACAUCUACGACUGAUGCAUCUACAUCUAACACAGAUGUCUCGACAUAUACGACUGAUGUAUCUACAUUUACGACUGAUAUGUCUACAUCUACGAAUGCUGUAUCUACAUCAACAACUGAUGUAUUUACACCCACGACUGGUGUCUCUAAAUCCACGACUGAUUUCUCUUCAUCAAAUACUGAUGUCUCUACAUCAAUUUCUGAUGUCCCCACAUCCACAUCUGAUGUGUCUACAUCUUCGACUGAUGUGUCUACAUCUACGACAGUUCUAUAUACCUCAACGACUGAUGUCUCUACAUCAACGGCUGAUUUGUCUACCAAUGACGCUUCUACAUCUACACCUGAGAUAUCGGCAUCUGUAGCUGAUAAAUCAUCUUCUGUCAUUGAAAAUAUUUCAUCCCCAACUCCUUCCAUCAUGUCUCAUAUUCUUGCCACAACUGCUGGAACAAACAUACCGACGUCCUCAGCUCAGGGAUCAAUAUCCAUCACUGAUAUGCCGACGUCCUCAACUCAGAGAUCAAUAUCCACCACUAACGUGCCGACGUCCCCAACUCAUACACCAAUAUCCACCACUGACGUGCCGACGUCUUCAACUCAUACACCAAUAUCCACCGCUGACGUGCCGACGUUUUCAACUCAGACACCAAUAUCCACCACUGACGUGCCGACGUCUUCAACUCAUACACCAAUAUCCAACACUGACGUGCCGACGUUUUCAACUCAGAGAUCAAUAUCCACCACUGACGUGCCAACAUCCUCAACUCAGAGAUCAAUAGCCACCACUGACGUCCCGACAUCUUCAACUCAGAGAUCGAUAUCAACCACUGAUGUGCCGACGUCCUCAACUCAGAUAUCAAUGUCCACCACUGAAGUGCCAACAUCCUCAACUCAGAGAUCAAUGUCCACCACUGACGUGCCGACGUCCUCAACUCAGACAUCAAUAUCCACCACUGACGUGCCAACAUCCUCAACUCAGAGAUCGAUAUCCAUCACUAACGUGCCAACAUCCUCAGCUCAGAGAUCAAUGUCCACCACUGACGUGCCGACGUCCUCAACUCAGACAUCAAUAUCCACCACUGACGUGCCAACAUCCUCAACUCAGAGAUCGAUAUCUACCACUGAUGUGCCGACGUCCUCAACUCAGAGAUCAAUCCCCAUCACUGACGUGUCGGCGUCCUCAACUCAGACAUCAAUGUCCACCACUGACGUGCCGACGUCCUCAACUCAGAGAUCAAUGUCCACCACUGACGUGCCGACGUCCUCAACUCAGAGAUCAAUCACCAUCACUGACGUGUCGGCGUCCUCAACUCAGACAUCAAUGUCCACCACUGACGUGCCGACGUCCUCAACUCAGAGAUCAAUCACCAUCACUGACGUGUCGGCGUCCUCAACUCAGACAUCAAUGUCCACCACUGACGUGCCGACGUCCUCAACUCAGAGAUCAAUGUCCACCACUGACGUGCCGACGUCCUCAACUCAGAGAUCAAUAUUCACCACUGACGUGCCGACGUCCUCAGCUCAGAUAUCAAUGUCCACCACUGACGUGUCGGCGUCCUCAACUCAGACAUCAAUGUCCACCACUAACGUACCGACGCCCUCAACUCACAGAUCAAUGUCCACCAAUGACGUGUCGACGUCUUUGAUCCAGUCACCGAUAUCCACUUCUGACGUGGCGACGUCCUCAACUCAGAGAUCAAUAUCCACCACUGACGUGCCGACGUCCUCAACUCAGAGAUCAAUAUCCACCACUGACGUGCCGACGUCCUCAACUCAGAGAUCGAUAUCCACCACUGACGUCCCGGCGUCCUCAACUCAGACAUCAAUGUCCACCACUGACUUGCCAACAUCCUCAACUCAGAGAUCAAUAUCUACCACUGACUUGCCAACAUCCUCAACUCAGAGAUCAAUAUUCACCACUGAUGUGCCGACGUCCUCAACUCAGAGAUCAAUACCCAUCACUGACGUGUCGGCGUCCUCAACUCAGACAUCAAUGUCCACCACUAACGUGCCGACGCCCUCAACUCAGAGAUCAAUAUCCACCACUGACGUGUCGACGUCUUUGAUUCAGUCACCGAUAUCCACUAAUGUCGUGGCGACGUCCUCAACUCAGAGAUCAAUAUUCACCACUGACGUGCCGACGUCCUCAACUCAGAGAUCAAUAUCCACUACUGACGUGGCGACGUCCUCAAUUCAGAUAUCUAUAUCCACCACUGACGUGCCGACAUCCUCAACUCAGAGAUCAAUAUCCAUCACUGAGGUGCCGACGUCCUCAACUCAGAGAUCAAUAUCCACCACUGACGUGCCGACGUCCUCAACUCAGAGAUCUAUAUCCACCACUGACGUGCCGACGUCCUCAACUCAGAGAUCAAUAUCCACCACUGACAUGCCGACGUCCUCAACUCACAGAUCAAUAUCCACCAAUGACGUGCCGACGUCCUCAACUCAGACAUCAACGUCCACCACUGACUUGCCAACAUCCUCAACUCAGAGAUCAAUAUCCAUCGCUGACGUGCCAACAUCCUCAACUCAGAGAUCAAUAUCCAUCACUGACGUGCCAUCAUCCUCAACUCAGACAUCAAUGUCCACCACUGACUUGCCAACAUCCUCAACUCAGAGAUCAAUGUCCACCACUGACGUACCGACGUCCUCAACUCAGAGAUCAAUAUCCAUCACUGAGGUGCCGACGUCCUCAACUCAGACACCAAAAUCCACCACUGACGUACCGACGUCUUCAUCUCAGUCACCGAUAUCCACAAAUGACGUGCCGACGUCCUCAACUCAGAUAUCAAUAUCCACCACUGACGUACCGACGUCCUCAACCAAGAGAUUAAUAUCUACCAAUGACGUGCAAACGUCCUCAACUCAGAGAUCAAUAUCCACCACUGACGUGCCGACGUCUUCAACUAUGAAAUCAAUAUCCACAACUAAAACAUCUCAGAAGCUUACAUCGACCACUGGUAUUCAAACGUCUUCAUUUAAACCAUCAAUGUCGAUAAGUGAAACAACCACAUUUACUGAGAACCUGACGUCAUCUAGCGAGACACCGACGUCAACAUCCGAAACAAAGACGUCAACAUCUGAGACACCGACGUCAGCAUCCGAGACACCGACUUCAACAUCCGAAACAAAGACGUCAACAUCUGAGACACCGACGUCAACAUCCGAGACACCGACGUCAUCUUUCGAGACACCGACGUCUAUUCCUGAAGCAUCAACAUUAUUAGCUAAGAAACCGACGUCUACAACUGAGAAACCGUCGUCAACAUCUAAGAAAUCGGCGUCAACAACAGAGAAAAUGACGUAUACAACUGAGAUAUCGACAUCUACAACUGAGAAAAUGACGUUAACAAUUAGUAAAACGACGUCUACAACUGAGGAACCGAAAUCUAUUUCUGAAACGCCAACUGUGACGUCUACACCUAGGGCGCCGAUGUCAACCACUGAAAUACCGAUGUCAACAAAUGAGAGCUUGACGUUAAGUGCGAAAAUGACGUCAACAACUGAGACCCCGAUUUCUACAACUGAUGUUCGGACUUCUAUCACUGAGAUACCAGCUUCUACUGCUGAAAUUCCAAAUUCUACCAACUCAAUACCAACUUCUACCACUGAAAUACCAACUUCUUCCACUGAGAUAUCAGCUUCUACCACUGAAAUACCAGCUUCUACCACUGCAAUAACAGCUUCUACCACUGAGAUACCAAUUUCUACCACUAAGAUACCAACGUCUACCACUAAGAUAUCAGCUUCUACCACUAAUAUACCAACUUCUAUCACUGAAAUACCAACUUCUACCACUGAGAUUCCAACUUCUACCACUGAGCUACCAACUUCUACCACUGAGUUACCAACUUCUGCCACUGAAUUACCAACUUCUACCACUGUUACAGGAUCAGCUGAGACAGACGGCAAAUCUACAUCAAUACCAGAAACAACGAGGUCAUCUACACAAUCAUCAAGUUCGCCAUCUAUUUCUGCAAGAAAUACUUCUAAAUUCCCAACAGAGACUUCAAUACCACGGAAACAAACGACCGCUUCUCCCACGGAAGCUGCAAGGGGGGAAUCCAACAGGAAUACAUCAACUACAACGUCAACAGUACCCAUCCCUACUAGAACAUCAAAUACAACGUCAACAGUACCCACCAGUACUAGAACACCAACUACAACGUCAACAGUACCCACCACUACAACAAUACCAACUACAACGUCAACAGUACCCACCACUACAACAACACCAACUACAACGUCAACAGUACCCACCACUACAACAACACCAACUACAACGUCAACAGUACCCAUCACUACUAGAACAUCAACUACAACGUCAACAGUACCCAUCACUACAACAAUACCAACUACAACGUCAACAUUACCCAUCACUACAACAAUAACAACUACAACGUCAACAGUACCCACCACUAUAACAAUACCAACUACAACGUCAACAGUACCCACCACUACAACAAUACCAACUACAACGUCAACAGUACCCACCACUUCAACAAUACCAACUACAACGUCAACAGUACCCACCACUAUAACAACACCAACUACAACGUCAACAGUACCCACCACCACAACAACACCAACUACAACGUCUACAGUACCCACCACUACAACAAGACCAACUACAACGUCAACAGUACCCACCACUACAACAACACCAACUACAACGUCAACAGUACCCACCACUACAACAACACCAACUACAACGUCAACGGUACCCAACACUACAACAACACCAACUACGACGUCAACAGUACCCCCCACUACAACACCAACUACGACGUCAACAGUACCCAACACUACAACAACACCAACUACAACUACCCACACUACAACAACACCAACUACAACAACACCAACUACAACGUCAACAGUACCCACCACUACAACAAUACCAACUACAACGUCAACAGUACCCACCACUACAACACCAACUACAACGUCAACAGUACCCACCACUACAACAACACCAACUACAACGUCAACAGUACCCACCACUACUAGAACAUCAACUACAACGUCAACAGUACCCACCACUACAACAACACCAACUACAACGUCAACAGUACCCACCACUACAACAACACCAACUACAACGUCAACAGUACCCACCACUACAACAACAACACCAACUACAACGUCAACAGUACCCACCACUACAACAAUACCAACUACAACGUCAACAGUACCCACCACUACAACAAUACCAACUACAACGUCAACAGUACCCACCACUACAACAACACCAACUACAACGUCAACAGUACCCACCACUACAACACCAACUACAACGUCAACAGUACCCACCACUACUACAACAUCAACUACAACGUCAACAGUACCCACCACUACUACAACACCAACUACAACGUCAACAGUACCCACCACUACAACAACACCAACUACAACGUCAACAGUACCCACCACUACAACACCAACUACAACGUCAACAGUACCCACCACUACUACAACACCAACUAUAACGUCAACAGUACCCACCACUACUACAACACCAACUACAACGUCAACAGUACCCACCACUACAACACCAACUACAACGUCAACAGUACCCACCACUACAACAACACCAACUACAACUACCACCACUACUACAACACCAACUACAACGUCAACAGUACCCACCACUACUAGAACAUCAACUACAACGUCAACAGUACCCACCACUACAACAACACCAACUACAACGUCAACAUACACACCCUACACAACAACCACUACAACGUUCAAUAGAUACCCACCCCCCCACUACAACACCACUACAACGUCAACAGUACCCACCACUACAACAACACCAACUACAACGUCAACAGUACCCACCACUUCUACAACACCAACUAUAACGUCAACAGUACUCACCACUACAACAAUACCAACUACAACGUCAACAGUACCCACCACUACAACAACACCAACUACAACGUCAACAGUACCCAUCACUACAACAAUAACAACUACAACGUCAACAGUACCCACCACUACAACAACACCAACUACAACGUCAACAGUACCCACCACUACUAGAACAUCAACUAUAAUGUCAACAGUACACACCACUACUAGAACAUCAACUACAACGUCAACAACCACCACUACAACACAGACCACAACACCAACAACACCAACGACAUCCUCUACAACAGAGUCCACAACAGCAACAAGUCAAACCACGACCCCUACAACGAAAUCCAACACACAAACAACACAAACGACAUCCUCUACAACACAGACCACAACACAAACUGUACCAACGACUACCACUACAACACAGACCACAACACAAACUGAACCAACGACUACCUCUACAACACGGACCACAACACAAACUGUACCAACGACUACCUCUACAACACAACCCAUGAUAACAACAAUACCAACGACUACCUCUACAACGGAGUCAACAACACAAAUGACGACCCCUACAACGCAGUCAUUAACAACACCAACGGUACCAACGACAUCAUCUACAAUACAGACCACAACAACAACAACAACAACUCUACCAACGAUUAGCGCCACAUCACAAGCCACAACAAAAACUGUACCAACGACUACCACUGCAACACAGACUACAACACCAAGUGUACCAACGAAAAGCUCUACAACACAGACUACAACACCAACAUCGCCAACGACAACCUCUACAACACACUCCAUGAUAACAACAAUACCAACGACUACCUCUAAAACGCAGUCCACAACACCAACAACACAAAGGACGAUCCCUACAACACAGACCACAACACCAACUGUUCCAACGACUACCUCUACAACACAGACCACAACACCAACUGUACCAACUACUACCUCUACAACGCAGACCACAACACCAACUGUUCCAACGACAACCUCUACAACACACUCCAUGAUAACAACAAUACCAACGACUACCUCUACAACGCAGUCCACAACACCAACUAUACCAACGACAACCUCUACAACACAGUCCAUGAUAACAACAAUACCUACGACUACCUCUAAAACGCAGUCCACAACACCAACAACACAAAGGACGAUCCCUACAACGCAGUCAACAACAACAACAACAACAACAACUGCACCAACGAUUAGCUCAACAUUAAAAUCCACAACAAAAUCCGUCCCAACGACUACCACUACAACGCAAUCCACAGCACAAACUGUACCAAAGACAAUCUCAACAGCACAGAGCACAACUCCAAUUGUUCAAACGACCACCUCUACUAAACAGAGCACAACUCCAACUGUUCAAACGACUACCUCUACUACACAGACCACAACUCCAACUGUACCAGCGACAAGCUCUACAACACAGAGCACAACUCCAACUGUUCAAACGACUACCUCUACUACACAGACCACAACUCCAACUGUACCAGCGACUACCACUACAACACAGACCACAACACCAACAACACCAACGACUACCUCUACUACACAGACCACAACUCCAACUGUACCAGCGACUACCACUACAACACAGUCCACAACACCAACUGGACCAACGACUACCACUACAACACAGAACACAACUCCAACUGUACCAACGACUUCCACUACAACACAGACCACAACUCCAACUACCACAAUUUCAACUGUACCAACGACAACCACUACAACACAGACCACAACACCAACUGGACCAACGACUACCACUACAACACAGACCACAACUCCAACUUCUACAACACCAACUGUACCAACGACUACCACUACAACACAGACCACAACACCAACUGUACCAACGACUACCACUACAACACAGUCCAUAACACCAACUGUACCAACGACAACCUAUACAACACAGUCCACAACACCAACUGUACCAACGACAACCUCUACCACACAGUCUACAACACCAACUGUACCAACGACUACCACUACAACACAGACCACAACUCCAACUGUACCAACAACUACCACUACAACACAGACCACAACACCAACUGUACCAACGACAACCUCUACAACACAGACCACAACUACAACACAAAGGACAACCCCUACAACGCACUCCACAACAACAACACAAAGGACAACCCCUACAACGCACUCCACGACAACAACUCCAACUGUAUCAACGACCACCUCUACAACACAGACCACAACUCCAACUGUUCCAACGACCACCUCUACAACACAGACCACACCACCAACAACACCAGCUGUACCAACGACCACCUCUACAACACAGACCACAACAGCAACUGUACCAACGACUACCACUACAACACAGACCACAACUCCAACUGUUCCAACGACCACCUCUAAAACACAGACCACAGCACCAACUCUUCCAACGACUACGUCUACAACACACCUCAUGAUAACAACAACACCAACGAUUACCUCUACACCACAAUCCACAACACAAACUGAACCAACGACCACCUCUACAACACAGAUCAUAACACCAACUGUUCCAAGAACUACCUCUACAACACAGACCACAACUCCAACUGUUCAAACGACUACCUCUACUGCACAGUCCACAACACCAACUGUACCAACGACUACCUCUACAACACAGACCACAACUCCAACUGUUCCAACAACUACCACUACAACACAGACCACAACACCAACUGUAGCAACGACUACCUCUACAACACAGACCACAACUCCAACUGUACAAACGACUACCACUACAACACAGACCACAACUCCAACUGUACCAACGACUUCCACUACAACACAGACCACAACUCCAACUGUACCAACGUCUACCACUACAACGUACUCCACGACAACAAUACCAACUGUAUCAAUGACCACCACUACAACACAGACCACAACACCAGCAACACCAGCUACCACAAUUUCAACUGGACCAACGACUACCACUACAACACAGACCACAACACCAACUACCACAACACCAACUGUACCAACGACUUCCACUACAACACAGACCACAACACCAACUGUACCAACGACAACCUCUACAACACAGACCACAACUCCAACUGUACCAACGUCUACCACUACAACGCACUCCACGACAACAAUACCAACUGUAUCAACGACCACCACUACAACACAGACCACAACACCAGCAACACCAGCUGUACCAACGACAACCUCUACCACACAGUCCACAACACCAACUAUACCAACGACUACCACUACAACACAGACCAAAACUCCAACUGUACCAACGACUACCUCUACCACACAGUCUACAACACCAACUGUACCAACGACAACCUCUACAACACAGUCUACAACACCAACUAUACCAACGACAACCUCUACAACACAGACCACAACACCAACUGUACCAACGACUACCACUACAACACAGUCCACAACAACAACACAAAGGACAACCCCUACAACGCACUCCACGACAACAACUCCAACUGUAUCAACGACCACCUCUACAACACAGACCACAACUCCAACUGUUCCAACGACCACCUCUACAACACAGACCACACCAACAACAACACCAGAUGUACCAACGACCACCUCUACAACACAGACCACAACACCAACAACACCAACAACUACCUCUACAACACAGACCACAACACCAACUGUACCAACGACUACGUCUACAACACACCUCAUGAUAACAACAAUACCAACGACUACCUCUACAACGCAAUCCACAACAUCAACAACACCAACGACAUCCUCUACAACACAGUCCACAACACAAACUGUACCAACGACCACCUCUACAACACAGAUCACAACACCAACUGUUCCAAGAACUACCUCUACAACACAGACCACAACUCCAACAACACCAGCUGUACCAACGACUACGUCUACAACACACCUCAUGAUAACAACAAUACCAACGACUACCUCUACAACGCAAUCCACAACAUCAACAACACCAACGACAUCCUCUACAACACAGUCCACAACACAAACUGUACCAACGACAACCUCUAAAACACAGACCACAGCACCAACUCUUCCAACGACUACCUCUACAACACACCUCAUGAUAACAACAAUACCAACGAUUACCUCUACACCACAAUCCACCACACAAACUGAACCAACGACCACCUCUACAACACAGUCCACAACACAAACUGAACCAACGACCACCUCAACAACACAGAUCAUAACACCAACUGUACCAACGACUAUCUCUACAACACAGACCACAACUCCAACUGUUCAAACGACUACCACUACAACACAGACCACAACACCAACUGUACCAACGACUACCUCUACUGCACAGACCACAACUCCAACUGUACAAACGACUACCUCUACAACACAGACCACAACUCCAACUGUUCCAACAACUACCUAUACAACACAAUCCACAACACAAACUGUACCAACGUCUACCACUACAACACAGUCCACAACAACAACAACAACACAAAGGACGACCCCUACAACGCACUCCACAACAACAAUACCAACUGUAUCAACGACUACCUCUACAACACAGACCACAACUCUAACUGUUCCAAGAACUACCUCUACAACACAGAUCACAACACAAACUGAACCAACGACCACCUCUACAACACAGUCCACAACACAAACUGAACCAACGACCACCUCUACAACACAGAUCACAACACCAACUGUUCCACGAACUACCUCUACAACACAGACCACAACUCCAACAACACCAGCUGUACCAACGACUACCUCUACAACACAGACCACAACACCAACUCUUCCAACGACUACCUCUACAACACACCUCAUGAUAACAACAAUACCAACGACUACCUCUACAACGCAAUCCACAUCAUCAACAACACCAACGACAUCCUCUACAACACAGUCCACAACACAAACUGUACCAACGACCACCUCUACAACACAGACCACAACACCAACUGUACCAACGACAACCUCUACACCACAGACCACAACACCAACUGUACCAACGACUACCUCUACAACACAGACCACAACACCAACUGUACCAACGACAACCACUACAAUACAGACCACAACACCAACUGUAGCAACGACUACCUUUACAACACAGACCACAACUCCAACUGUACAAACGACUACCUCUACAACACAGACCACAACUCCAACUGUACAAACGACUACCUCUACAACACAAGCCACAACAUCAACAACACCAACGACAUCCUCUACAACACAGACCACAACACCAACUGUACCAACGACAACCUCUACCACACAGACCACAACUCCAACUGUACCAAUGACUACCACUACAACACAGACCACAACUCCAACUGUACCAAUGACUACCACUACAACACAGACCACAACUCCAACUGUACCAACAACUUCCACUACAACACAGACCACAACACCAACUGUACCAACGACAACCUCUACAACACAGACCACAACUCCAACUGUACCAACAACUACCUCUACAACACAGACCACAACACCAACUGUACCAACGACCACCACUACAACACAGACAAUAACUCCAACUGUACCAACGACCACCUCUACAUCGCAAUCAACAACACCAACACAAAUGACGACCCCUCCUACGCAGUUAACAACAAGAACAACAACAACAACAGUACCUACGAUUAGCUUAACACUACCAUCCACAACAAAAACAGUCCCAACGACUACCACUACAACGCAAGCCACAACAUCAACAACACCAACGACAUCCUCUACAACACAGACCACAACACCAACUGUACCAACGACAACCUCUACCACACAGACCACAACUCCAACUGUACCAACAACUACCUCUACAACACAGACCACAACACCAACUGUACCAACGACAACCUCUACAACACAGACCACAACUCCAACUGUACCAACAACUACCUCUACAACACAGACCACAACUCCAACUGUACCAACAACUACCUCUACAACACAGACCACAACACCAACUGUACCAACGACCACCUCUACAUCGCAGUCAACAACACCAACACAAAUGACGACCCCUCCUACGCAGUUAACAACAACAACAACAACAACAACAACCGUACCUACGAUUAGCUUAACACUACCAUCCACAACAAAAACAGUCCCAACGACUACCACUACAACGCAAUCAACAGCACAAACUGUACCAAAGACCACCUCUACAACACAACCUAUAAUAACAACAGUCCCAACGCCCUCAACUAAAAUAAAAUCCACGACAUCAACUGUACCAACGCAUUCCACAACACAAACUAAAUCAUCUUCAACACGGUCCAUAACACCAACUGUACCAACGACUACCUCUACAACACAGACCACAACACCUACAACUUUAUCUACUACCAGUACAACGAAAUCCACAACACCAACAACACAAACGACCUCUACAACACAGACCACAAUACCAAUUGUUCAAACGACAACCUCUACAACACAGACCACAACUCCAACUGUACCAACAACUACCUUUACAACACAGACCACAACUCCAACUGAACCAACGACCACCUCUACCACACAGACCACAACUCCAACUGUACCAACAACUACCUCUACAACACAUACCACAACACCAACUGUACCAACGACCACCUCUACAACACAGACCACAACUCCAACUACCACAACUCCAACUAUACCAACAACUACCUCUACAACACAGACCACAACUCCAACUGUACCAACAACUACCUCUACGUCGCAGUUAACAACACCAACACAAAUGACGACCCCUCCUACGCAGUUAACAACGAGAACAAUAAAAACAACAGUACCUACGAUUAGCUCAACACUACCAUCCACAACAAAAACAGUCCCAACGACUAUCACUACAACGCAAUCAACAGCACAAACUGUACCAAAGACCACCUCUACAACACAACCUAUAAUAACAACAAUCCCAACGCCUUCAACUACAAUAAAAUCCACGACAUCAACUGUACCAACGCAUUCCACAACACAAACAACACAAACUAAAUCAUCUUCAACACGGUCCAUAACACCAGCUGUACCAACGACUACCUCUACAAAACAAACCACAACACCAACAACUUUAUCUACUACCAGUACAACGAAAUCCACAGCACCAACAACACAAACGACAUCUUCUACAACACAGACCACAAUACCAAUUGUUCAAACGACAUCUUCUACAACACAGACCACAACUCCAACUGUACCAACGACCACCUCUACAACACAGACCAAAACACCAACUUCCACAACACAAACUGAACCAACGACUACCUCUACAACACAGACCACAACAACAACUGUACCAACGACUACAUCUAGAACACAUUCCACAACACCAACAACACCAACGACCACCUCUACAACACAGACCACAACACCAACUGUACCAACAACUACCACUACAACACAGACCACAACUCCAACUGUACCAACAACUACCUCUACAACACAGACCACAACUCCAACUGUAGCAACGACUACCACUACAACACAGUCAGCAACACCAACAACACAAAUGACGACCCCUACAACGCAGUCCACAACAACAACAACAACUGUACCUACGAUUAGCUCAACAACACAAUCCACAACAAAAUCAGUCCCAACGACUACCACUACAACGCAAUCAACAGCACAAACUAUGGUACACUACACAACCUGUACCAACAACUACCUCUACAACACACUCCAUGAUAACAACAAUACCAACGACUACCUCUACAACACAGUCAACAACACCAACAACACAAAAGACGACCCCUACAACGCAGACCACAACAACAACAAUAACAACUGUGCCAACGAAUACAACUACAACACAGACCACAACACCAAUUGUACCAACGACCACCUCCACAACGCAGACCCAAAAAUCAACAUCAGAAACGACCACCUUUAUAACACAGCCCAUAAUAACAACAGUCCCAACGCCCUCAACUACAAUAAAAUCCACGAAAUCAACUGUACCAACGCAUUCCACAACACCAACAACAAAAGCGACGACCCCAACAACACAAACGACAUCCUCUACAACACAGACCACAACAACAGUUGUACCAACGAUUCGCUCAACAUCACAGUCCACAACAAAAACAGUCCAAACGAAUACCUCUACAACGCAAUCCGCAACACCAAUAACACAAACGACAUCCUCUACAACACAGUCCACAACACAAACUGUACCAACUACUACAUCUACAACACACCCUAUGAUAACAACAAUACCAACGACUAUCUUUACAACACAGACCACAACACCGACUGUACCAACGACCACCUCUACAACACAGACCACAACACCAACAGAACCAACGACAACCUCUACAACACAGUCUAUAACACCAACUGUACCAACGACUACCACUACAACACAAUCCACAACAACAACUGUACCAACGUCUACCACUACAACACAGACCACAACUCCAACAACACAAACGACAACAUCCAUAACACAGCCAAUAAUAACAACAGUUCCAUUGACACUAUCUAUUACCUCUACAACACAGACCACAGCACCUACUGUACCAAUGACGACUACAACUACUAUGCAGUCCACAACACCAACAACACAAACGACGACCCCUUCAACACAGUCCACAACAACAACAACAGCAACUUCCCAACGCCCUCAACUAAAAUAAAAUCCACGAAAUCAACUGUACCAACGCAUUCCACAACACCAACAACAAAAGCGACGACCCCUACAACGCAAAUCACAACACCAACAACACAAACGACAUCCUCUACAACACAGACCACAACACAAACUGUACCAACGAUCAGGUCUACAACACAGAUCACAACACCAACUGUACCAACGACUACCACUACAACACAGACCACAACACCAACUGUACCAACGACUACCACUACAACACAGAUCCACAACACCAACUGUACCAACGACUUCCACUACAACACAGUCCACAACUCCAACUGUACCAGCGACCGCCUCUACAACACAGCCCAUGAUAACAACAAUACCAACGACUACCUCUACAACUCAGUCAACAACACCAACAACACAAAUGACGACCCCUACAACAGAGUCCAUAACAACAACAAUUACUACCACAACACCAACUGUACCAACGACUACCACUACAACACAGACCACAACACCAACUGUACCAACGACUACCACUACAACACAGACCACAACACCAACAGUACCAACGACCACCACUACAACACAGACCACAACUCCAACUGUACCAACGACAAGCUCUACAACACAGACCACAACACCAACAGUACCAACGACUACCUCUACAACACAGACCACAACUCCAACUGUACCAACGACUACCUCUACAACACAGACCACAACACCAACUGUACCAACGACUACCUCUACAACACAGACCACAACUCCAACUGUACCAACGACAAGCUCUACAACACAGACCACAACUCCAACUGUACCAACAACUACCUCUACAACACAGACCACAACACCAACUGUACCAACAACUACCUCUACCACACAGACCACAACACCAACUGUAGCGACGACCACCUCUACAACACAACCCAUAAUAAUAACAGUCCCAACGCUCUCAACUACAAUAAAAUCAACGACAUCAACUGUAUUAACGACUACUGCUACAACACUGCCCAUAAUAAAAACAGUUCCGACGACUUCUACUACAAAAUUACAUCAUUCAGAAGCACGAACUGUGCCAUCGACCACCUCUACACCACAGCCCAUAAUAAAAACAGUUCCUUUGACUUCAUCUACUACCACUACAACACAGACCACAACACCAACUGUACCAACGACUACCUCUACAACACAGACAACAACACCAACUGUACCAGCGACCGCCUCUACACCACAGCCCAUAAUAAAAACAGUUCCUUUGACUUCAUCUACUACCUCUACAACACAGACCACAACACCAAGUGUACGAACGACUACCUCUACAACACAGCCCAUUCUGUACCAACGAUUAAUUCAACAUCACAGUCCACAACAACUACAAUCCCAACUUCUACCAAAACAUCACAGUCCAUAAUACAAACAUUACUAACGACUACAUCUACAACAAAGUCGAUAACAGCAACUGUACCAACGAUUAGCUCAACAUCACAAUCCACAACUCCAACAGUACCAAUGACAACUCCUACAACACAAUCCACAACUCUAACAGUACCAAUGACACAACCUACAACACAGUCCACAACUCCAACAGUACCAAAGACACAACCUGCAACACAGUCCACAACUCCAACAGUACCAAUGACAACUCCUACAACACAAUCCACAACUCCAACAGUACCAAAGACACAACCUACAACACAGUCCACAACUCCAACAGUACCAAUGACACCUCCUACAACACAAUCCACAACUCCAACAGUACCAAAGACACAACCUACAACACAGUCCACAACUCCAAGAGUACCAAUGACAACUCCUACAACACAAUCUACAACUCCAACAGUACCAAUGACACCUCCUACAACACAAUCCACAACUCCAACAGUACCAAUGACACCUCCUACAACACAAUCCACAACUCCAACAGUACCAACGGCAACUCCUACAACAAAGUCAUCAGUACCAAUGACACUUCCUACAACACAAUCCACAACUCCAACAGUACCAAUGACACUUCCUACAACACAAUCCACAACUCCAACAGUACCAACGACACCUCCUACAACACAAUCUACAACUCCAACAGUACCAAAGACACAACCUACAACACAGUCCACAACUCCAACAGUACCAAUGACACCUCCUACAACACAAUCCACAACUCCAACAGUACCAAAGACACAACCUACAACACAGUCCAUAACUCCAACAGUACCACCGACACCUCCUACAACACAAUCUACAACUCCAACAGUACCAAAGACACCUCCUACAACACAGUCCACAACUCCAACAGUACCAAUGACACCUCCUACAACACAAUCCACAACUCCAACAGUACCAACGGCAACUCCUACAACAAAGUCAUCAGUACCAAUGACACUUCCUACAACACAAUCCACAACUCCAACAGUACCAAUGACACUUCCUACAACACAAUCCACAACUCCAACAGUACCAACGACACCUCCUACAACACAAUCUACAACUCCAACAGUACCACCGACACCUCCUACAACACAAUCCACAACUCCAACAGUACCACCGACACCUCCUACAACACAAUCUACAACUCCAACAGUACCACCGACACCUCCUACAACACAAUCUACAACUCCAACAGUACCAACGACACCUCCUACAACACAAUCUACAACUCCAACAGUACCAACGACACCUCCUACAACACAAUCCUACAACUCCAACAGUACCACCGACACCUCCUACAACACAAUCCACAACUCCAACAGUACCAACGACACCUCCUACAACACAAUCCACAACUCCAACAGUACCACCGACACCUCCUACAACACAAUCCACAACUCCAACAGUACCACCGACACCUCCUACAACACAAUCCACAACUCCAACAGUACCACCGACACCUCCUACAACACAAUCUACAACUCCAACAGUACCACCGACACCUCCUACAACACAAUCCACAACUCCAACAGUACCAACGACACCUCCUACAACACAAUCUACAACUCCAACAGUACCAAUGACUACUCCUACAACACAAUCUACAACUCCAACAGUACCAACGACACCUCCUACAACACAAUCUACAACUCCAACAUACCAACGACGCUUCCUACAACACAAUCCACAACUCCAACACUACCAAUGACACCUCCUACAACACAAUCCACAACUCCAACAGUACCAAUGACACCUCCUACAACACAAUCCACAACUCCAACAGUACCAAUGACACCUCCUACAACACAAUCCACAACUCCAACAGUACCAAUGACACCUCCUACAACAAAGUCAUCAGUACCAAUGACACUUCCUACAACACAAUCCACAACUCCAACAGUACCAACGACACCUCCUACAACACAAUCUACAACUCCAACAGUACCAACGACACCUCCUACAACACAAUCCACAACUCCAACAGUACCAACGACACCUCCUACAACACAAUAUACAACGCCAACAGUACCACCGACACCUCCUACAACACAAUCUACAACUCCAACAGUACCAACGACACCUCCUACAACACAAUCCACAACUCCAACAGUACCAACGGCAACUCCUACAACAAAGUCAUCAGUACCAAUGACACUUCCUACAACACAAUCCACAACUCCAACAGUACCAACGACACCUCCUACAACACAAUCUACAACUCCAACAGUACCAAUGACUACUCCUACAACACAAUCUACAACUCCAACAGUACCAACGACACCUCCUACAACACAAUCUACAACUCCAACAGUACCAAUAACUACUCCUACAACACAAUCUAAAACUCCAACAGUACCAACGACGCUUCCUACAACACAAUCCACAACUCCAACACUACCAAUGACACCUCCUACAACACAAUCCACAACUCCAACAGUACCAAUGACACCUCCUACAACACAAUCCACAACUCCAACAGUACCAAUGACACCUCCUACAACACAAUCCACAACUCCAACAGUACCAAUGACACCUCCUACAACAAAGUCAUCAGUACCAAUGACACUUCCUACAACACAAUCCACAACUCCAACAGUACCAACGACACCUCCUACAACACAAUCUACAACUCCAACAGUACCAAUGACUACUCCUACAACACAAUCUACAACUCCAACAGUACCAACGACACCUCCUACAACACAAUCUACAACUCCAACAGUACCAAUGACUACUCCUACAACACAAUCUAAAACUCCAACAGUACCAACGACGCUUCCUACAACACAAUCCACAACUCCAACACUACCAAUGACACCUCCUACAACACAAUCCACAACUCCAACAGUACCAAUGACACCUCCUACAACACUGUCCACAACUCCAACAGUACCAAUGACACCUCCUACAACACAAUCCACAACUCCAACAGUACCCAUUACUACUGCUACAACAAAGUCAUCAGUACCAAUGACACCUCCUACAACACAAUCCACAACUCCAACAGUACCAAUGACAACUCCUACAACACAAUCCACAACUCCAACAGUACCAAUGACACCUCCUACAACACAAUCCACAACUCCAACAGUACCAAUGACACCUCCUACAAUACAAUCAACAACUCCAACAGUACCAAUGACACCUCCUACAACACAAUCCACAACUCCAACAGUACCAACGACGCUUCCUACAACACAAUCAACAACUCCAACAGUACCAAUGACACCUCCUACAACACUGUCCACAACUCCAACAGUACCAAUGAGACCUCCUACAACACAAUCCACAACUCCAACAGUACCAACAGCUACUACUACAACACAGUCCAUAACUCCAACAGUACCACCGACACCUCCUACAACACAAUCCACAACUCCAACAGUACCAAUGACACCUCCUACAACACAAUCCACAACUCCAACAGUACCACCGACACCUCCUACAACACAAUCCACAACUCCAACAGUACCACCGACACCUCCUACAACACAAUCCACAACUCCAACAGUACCAACAGCUACUACUACAACACAGUCCAUAACUCCAACACUACCAAUGACACCUCCUACAACACAAUCCACAACUCCAACAGUACCACCGACACCUCCUACAACACAAUCCACAACUCCAACAGUACCAACAGCUACUACUACAGCACAAUCCACAACUCCAACAGUACCAAUGACUACUCCUACAACACAAUCCACAACUCCAACAGCACCAACGACACCUCCUACAACACAAUCUACAACUCCAACAGUACCAACGACUACUCCUACAACACAAUCCACAACUCCAACAGUACCAAUGACUACCACUACAACACAAUCCACAACUCCAACAGUACCACCGACACCUCCUACAACACAGUCCAUAACUCCAACAGUACCAAUGACACCUCCUACAACACAAUCCACAACUCCAACAGUACCCAUUACUACUGCUACAACAAAGUCAUCAGUACCAAUGACACCUCCUACAACACAGUCCAUAACUCCAACAGUACCAAUGACACUUCCUACAACACAAUCCACAACUCCAACAGUACCAAUGACACCUCCUACAACACAAUCCACAACUCCAACAGUACCAAAGACACAGCCUACAACACAGUCCACAACUCGAACAGUACCAACGACUACUCCUACAACACAGUCCACAACUCCAACAGUACCAAUGACACUUCCUACAAUACAAUCCACAACUCCAACAGUACCAACGGCAACUCCUACAACACAAUCCACAACUCCAACAGUACCAAUGACACCUCCUACAACACAAUCCACAACUCCAACAGCACUAACGACUACUCCUACAACACAAUCCACAACUCCAACAGUUCCCAUUACUACUGCUACAACACAGUCCGCGGCCACAAUAUCUACGAUAAUGACAAUGGCGUCUACAGGACAGAGCACAAUGCCAUUGAUACACGCCACAACCAGUACUUCAGAAGUCACCAACCCAUCCGCAUUGACGACAACGUCUACAGCAAAUCUUGCUGCAUCAACGGUUUCAAAGCAAACCAUACCAACAACGCCAAGCACAACAAUUGUAUCAUCUACAAGAAAGGCAUCAAUGCCAGUGGUUCCAUCGACCACUAUUUCUACAACAAAUGACCUUACAUCCUUAAUAUAUACAGUUAAAUCUUUUUCGCCAACGAUAUCCAUGCCUUCUACAAGGUCACCGAUACACAGCACAGCCUCUACCACUGUAGCCAGAUUGGCAACAUCUCCAACAAAAGACUCAAUAAUACUCAAAACUACAUCGAAAACAACGUCAACAAGGAAAGAAUUACUGGCAUCUACCACCAGGUUCAAAGUCCCUACGUCACACACUACCGCCUCUACUUCAGUACCGGAAGUGAUCACGUCUUCAUCUACUACAGAGAAGACAGUGAUUAAGGUUCCGUCGAUUGCUUAUACGAAAGAGACUUUGACAACGGAAGCAACGUCAAGAGUAUCAACGACCAUAUCAAUAACAGAUGCUAUAACACAAUCACACACGACAAAAGCAAAACCAGCAACGGCAAAAUUCCCUUCAACGAAGGGUAGUCUUGAGAAAAUACAAACGACAGAGUCCUCUUCACAACAAAAGAAAACUGCCAUUUUUGUAAAGCUAUGCUUUCCUACUUCAUCGAAAGUUACAUCUCCCCCUAGAAUAAGAUGCUUCACAUCCAUAGAAAGUAACACAUCGCCAGUGUCCGCAAUUUCUCCGGUAACAGAAGGUACAACUUCCGGUGGGGUAAGAUGUUUCACAACCACUUCCAUAGACGGAUCUACUUCGGUAGAAACGGAGGUGCCUACAACGACAGAAGGUACAACUUCCGGUGGAGUAAGAUGUUUUACAACAUCUUCCACAGGCGGAACUACCUUUUCAGAAACGGAGGUUCCUACAACGACAGACGGAACAACUUCCGGUGGAGUAAGAUGUUUCACGACCACUUCCACAGACGGAUCUACUUCGGUAGAAACAGAGGUUCCUACAACGACAGAAAGUACAACUUCCGGUGGAGUAAGAUGUUUCACGACCACUUCCACAGACGGAAGUACUUCGGUAGAAACAGAGGUUCCUACAACGACAGACGGAACCACUUCCGGUGGAGUAAGAUGUUUCACGACCACUUCCACAGACGGAUCUACUUCAGUAGAAACGGAGGUUCCUACAACGACAGAGGGUACAACUUCCGGUAGAGUAAGAUGUUUUACGUCCACUUCCAAAGACAGAACUACUUCGGUAAAAACGGAGGUUCCUACAACGACAGACGGAACCACUUCCGGUGGAGUAAGAUGUUUCACGACCACUUCCACAGACGGAAUCUACUUCGGCGGAACUACCUUUUCAGAAACUGAGGUUCCUACAACGACAGAGGGUACAACUUCCGGUGGAGUAAGAUGUUUCACAACCACUUCAACAGACGGAUCUACUUCGGUAGAAACGGAGGUGCCUACAACGACAGAGGGUUCAACUUCCGGUGGAGUAAGAUGUUUCACGACCACUUCCACAGACGGAUCUACUUCAGUAGAAACAGAGGUUCCUACAACGACAGACGGAACCACUUCCGGUGGAGUAAGAUGUUUCACGACCACUUCCACAGACGGAUCUACUUCAGUAGAAACGGAGGUUCCUACAGCGUCAGACGGUACAACUUCCGGUGGAGUAAGAUGUUUCACAACUACUUCCACAGACGGAAAUACUUCAGUAGAAACGGAGGUUCCUACAGCGUCAGACGGUACAACUUCCGGUGGAGUAAGAUGUUUCACGACCACAGAUGGAACUACUUCUGCAGAUUCGGAGGUUCCUACGAUAGCAGAGGGUACCACUUCCGGUGGGAUGAAAUGUUUCAUAUUCACUUCAACAUAUGAAACUACUUCAGCAGAAACGGAAGUUCCCUCAACAACAGAAGGUUCAGUUUCCGGUGGAAUUAGAUGUUUCAUAUUCACUUCAACAGAGGGAACGACUUCAACAGAAAAUGAAGGUCCUACUGCUAUAACUAUAGGUAAAACCUCUGUUAAACCGGAACUACAAACUUCAUUAGAAGGAACAACGCGAACAGACAUCCAGACGGAAUCAUCAACUGAAUCUGCGAUUUCUGCUGUGAAAAGUGCCAAUUAUAGUUCCACUACGAAAGGUGACGACGGAACAGCGUUAGUCAAUACUGACGGAGCGGGCAACGUCAUCAGGAUGAAGAUUUCAUUAUCUGAUUCCAACAGUGACGUCACAGCUUACCUAAAUACAAGGUCAGCAGCAUACAUCGCUCUUAAAUACGGGGUAAGUCAAGGCUAA